AGCGUGUUUAUACCGAUCCAGUUGCAGUAGACGAGAAAAGAUACAAAGAAUACGCUGCCAAUAAGAGAGGAGGAGAUGGCUCGGAGCAUCACAUACAUCACCGGUUCUCAGCUUCUCUCCGUCAAACGCCGGCCCAACAUUGUCGUCGUCGAUGUCAGGGACGAGGAGAGGAACUACGAUGGGCACAUAGCGGGGUCACUUCAUUAUGCUAGCGAUACGUUUCUUGACAAAAUACCCAGUCUUAUUGAAGCUGCCAAGGACAAAGAUACCCUCGUUUUCCAUUGUGCUCUCAGCCAGCAAAUGCUUCUUCUGAAGGUUCGUGGACCCAAAUGUGCUAGAAGGCUUGCUGAGUAUCUUGCUGAGGUGAAAGAAGAGACGGGGAUAAAAAAUAUCAUGGUUUUGGAACGCGGUUAUAAUGGUUGGGAAGCCUCGGGAAGGCCUGUUUGUCGCUGCACCGAGACUCCCUGUAAGGGUGAAUGAAGUCAAGUCUGCUGGAAGUGUCAAUGCAAACAUAAAAUAAAUUCACUGUAGUCUUGAAUCCGUGAGGGUGAGUAUAUGGAUUUAUAAGAGUAUCAAUAUUGAUGAAUAUGUGAGCUUUGUGUAUGCUACAUCAUAUAAGAAACUUUAAACUUCUUUUUAAGGCAAUGAGAAGUGAUGAUAAUUUAAGGUA